AUGACCGAUCUUGAUAAGACUCAAGAGCAGCCGCCAACACCGGCGUGCAUCCGGAACUAUGAUAUAAAUGAUCCACUUCAACAGGAAGUCACUUGCGUCUUCGACCGUCUCAAGAAUGACAUCAUGGGCAUUAUCGCGCUCGGAAAUGAUGGCGUCUUGCGUUCAUUGACCGCUGAUCGAAGAGUGCUAUCAGCCGAAGGAUUGCGCCACUCAUUCCUACCAUAUCUCGAUCCUGACGUCCGUUCUUCAGGCCCAGAACUAAUCGAAGCGUUUCUUCGCCGGUUUCCCGAAGACUACGUAAAGAGAGCACAGGAGCAGGGAUUGAAAACUUCCGAUGGGACAAAAACUGCAAAAGAGAAAUGGUUCAAGCCUGAUGAGGAUAUUUUGCCACCUCCCCUACCUCAGGAGGAACUGGAGAAGGCUAGAAACAUGCCGGAAGACCAAAAAGAGUUACUGAGACAGAGGAUGAGAGAGCGUGAAAAGUGA